AUGCGCGCGAAGGAAGAUGCUAAGAAUGCGAAGCCACAGCAACCCAUCGUGCGCCCCGGCGCGAAUGCGGAUGCAGAUGCGGAUACAGAGCGUCCCGCUGUGCCGGUCGCGAAGGGGAAAAGUGGUGGCAGCAGCAGCAGCAGCGAGGAGGGCGAGAUGGAGGAGAUUCCCAUUGCGGGGCGGACGAAGAUGACUGUGCCUAAGAUGAAGGAUCAGGGUGUUGUGCAGGGUGCGGUGCAGGGUGGUGCGCAAGCCGAGACUGAGGAGGCCGUUGUUGAUCAUACGGAAGCGAAGAGUGAACUGAAUGAUAUUCUGAAGCGGUCUCCGAUAAUCAUCUUUUCGAAAUCGUACUGUCCCUACAGCAAAAAGGCCAAGACGAUUCUGCUGGAGCGAUACGCUAUUUCGCCGAAGCCGUUUGUUGUCGAGUUGGAUCAGCACCCGAUUGGACCGAAAUUGCAGGAAUUGUUGGCGCAUGAUACUGGACGAAGGACGGUGCCGAAUGUCCUUGUUAAUGGGAAGAGCAUUGGGGGUGGUGAUGAUAUUGCUGCUUUGGAUCAUAGUGAUGAGCUGGUCUCGACGCUACGAACCAUGGGUGGGAAGUGGGUUACUGAUGUGAGGCAUUUGCCGCCUCCGCCGCCGCCAGCGGAGGGUCAGUUGUGA